CGUUGGCCGGGUCUCGCCUCGACGCCCGGUGGUCCGAUCGUCAGGUGUUGCCUCGGCGCCCGAUGGCCCGACCAUUGGGCGUCGAGGCGACACCCGACCAUCGGGCGCCGUUCUCUCAUUGGGCGUCGAGGCGACACCCGAUGGUUCGACCAUUGGGCAUCGAGGCGACACCCGACCAUUGGGCAUCGAGGCUACACCCGAUGGUCCGACCGUUGGGCGUCGAGGCGACACCCGACCAUCGGGCGCCCGAUGGUCCGACCAUUGGGCGUCGAGGCGACACUCGACCAUCGAGGCGACACCCGACCAUUGGGCGUCGAGGCGACACCCGACCGUCGGCCGCCGAAGCGACACUUGACGGUCGGACCGUCGAGAGUCGAGGCGACACCCGACCAUUGGCCGUCGACGUGUCACCGAAUGGUCAGACCAUUCGACGUCACCGCAACGCCCGACCAUCGGAUGACCGUUGGCCGGGUCUCGCCUCGACGCCUCGACGCCCGGUGGUCCGAUCUUGGUUCCGCUUUGCUAUUUGCUCUUUGCUUGACCACUUUGACUUGAGCGUGAUUUGCAAUCGGGACCAAUGCGCUGUCUACUCUUUGCCCGAGCACUGGGUCCCGAUGUGCCCCUAUGGGGUUCCUUCUUCGUCGCAGACGUCCACCCCCAAGGUAAUUGGCAGAGCGGCAUUGUUCCGUGGGAUGGAAUGGGCGCUUGACUGGUUCGGUGGGGUUAAACAACAAGGGUGUGGUCCUGUGAUAUUCCUGAAGGAUGAUGGCGGACAUUUUUACGUGUGCCGCGGGAUCGACAAUUAUGGCGUCGACAAAUUUGCCGGUGAAGAGGGGUACUACGAUUUUCACUUGACCACAUGCUUCGACAGUGGAGGAGUCGAACUGUCGGGGAAUUACAAGAAAGUGUCGCUGCAUUUAUCGAGAUUUGCUGACUACGGCAUGAACGUUGUGGCAUUGCCUCCGUUUGAUAGGUCGAAGAAACUGAAGGCUGUCGAGAUGGUGGGACUGAUCAAGUUCCUCAGGAAAACGCCAUGCUAUAGAGUUGCGGGCUUUAAGGUCAAGGUGGACAGCAACAUGCGUUUGUUGCCGCCAUUCGUGGCUGCGCACACUUCGAGGGAGGUGUUGGAGGACAUUUUGAGGACACACAAACACGGGGAGUCUAAGCAAGGUACGUUGCGAUCCGCUCUCGGCGUUGGAACUAAGGGUGGAACACUUUCGGCAAGGGCGAAGAACACCGCACCAACCGAAAAGGCACUCGUCGUGACAACCGAAACACCUUCUCAGGAUGGGUUUUCCAAACCGGGGACCACGAAGGAAAAAACGUCGAAGGCCGCCAAGGCGUCGUCAGUCUCUUCUCGUGGGACGCAGCAUCGCAAAAAGGCUUCAUCACGUGACAAGGACAAAGAGAAUGCUGUAUGUGACACCCGUGGGGUGCCGUCCUCCGGCCACUGUCCCGAUGGGGAUGAUGGGGAUGACGAACAUGAGAGGAAGUCGAGUGAACAGGGCGCCGAGGGAGGAAGUACGUGGGGCGACGCCACGGAGGACGACGGUGAUGAGCGGGAGAGCGGCGAGGACUAUGGGGACGACAGCGCAAGAGAGGACGAGGGGAGUGAAGACGAAGGGGAGAACGGCGAGGAGGAGGAGAACGAGGGAGAUGCAGAAGAAACAACUGCACACGAACGCAAGAACAAAGGAAGAGACGAGGAGAGCGAAGAGGAAGAAAGCGGUGGGGAAACAAACUGGGACGUCGAAGUCGCCGGCACACAAGCAUCAGCGAACUCGCGCAAACGACAAAUGAAGAGCAAGAAGGAGUUGGUGCCCUACGUCCAGUCCAACAAAUCGCCUGACGGGCACUACGUCUGCAUUCGAGACCCUCCGCAAAGCGUGUGGAAGGUGUUCGGAGACUUGACUGCAAAGGAGAAGGAAAUGGUGUUGGACAUGAUAUUGGACCACCAGGUGGUUGUCACAACGGGGCGGACGUUCAACAAGAACUUGUUGAACAUGGACGACAUUCGGGUUGAGGCGCUGCAACCAUCAGAGGAGAUCACACGAGCUGUUAAGAAGCUCAAUUGCCGCCUCGCAGUCCUGGACCUGUGCCCGUGCAAGUCGACAGCCGCGCACGAGUGGUCAGAUGAGAGAUUCGCAGUGCUCCCAGAGAUGAUGAACACCUUUUGUGGCACGGAUUGGGUCAUUGUCAUAUUCUCGACGUUAAGAGUCGAGCAAACUGUAUUGAAGAACGUGCUUCGUUGGGAUCACGUCAAAGUGAUUCUAGGUCGGUGGGAGAGACAUUUUGGGAAGGACCAAUAUGUCGUUCCCGCUAGAAAUCUUCCACUGCGACCUCGGGACUACAUCACCGUUGUCAUGCAUGCGUCGAACAAAGACUACAGGAAGGUGACUGUGCAGCCACGGAACCAUGUCAUGUGGUUCGACGAGAACGUGAAGGAGGACUUAUUUGUGCAAUGCAUGAACGAGCGUGUUGGGAUAUCAGACGAUACAAAAGCCGUGUACGGGGACUGGGAGAGAGAGCCAAAAAAAAUUAAGGAAUUGUGCAAAUGGUUUGCAAAGGAUGGCGAAGGUGUGCUGCUGCUCGGGAAUGUGCAGGCAGGGUCAGUCUGGGAAGUGUUGCGGUCAGGACACAAUGUUGUUGCGUGUGACAACAAUUCAACAAUGCUCGAUUGGACGUCCACAUUCCUCGAUAUACAGGUCCAUAGGCCAGAAAGUCGUUGCCACUUCGAACGGCCCAAAACUCCGUGGCUUCCAGGGAGAGACAUGUACCUCAAGCUUCGCAAGAAGAGGGACUCUCUAUGGAAAUACUUGUUCGGCAACGCCCCGAAGACUCCAAAGGACAUCGGUUAUAUGCACCGAAAAGUGAUUGCCAUCGAACAUCUCCAAGGCUACCAUGAGGCAAAAAAUGGUGCGAUUGAAAUAUUCAUAGCACGGUGUGAGCGUUUGUGGUUCAACAAACAAGAAGACAGACUGCGUGCGAAGACAUACGCCGAUGAGCCGGAUGCGGGUGAGCACUUUGAUGUGCUCGAUAACGAGGAGGAGACAUCAGACCACAAUAUGGAUUUGCCUAUACCGGGCUAUAUUGCACGCCCGGUCACGGCGUUGGAUGGUGGCGAGGGUCGUCAGGCAAUGGAGGGGAUACAAACAGAUGUUGUGGCAAGCCGGGAGAGCAUUCGUGGUGGGGAGCAGAGGUCGUAUGAACAAGGAAUGCAAGAGAGUGCAGGGAAUGAGAUCCGAGGGCCAGUUGGUGCAGACAAUGCAAGCAAGAACAACAGCAAUGAAGGGUUGCAGCCAGGACCAGCCUCGUUAAUUGGAAAAGAGCCACAUCUCCAAUCCAAAAGCAAGGAAAACAGUGUCAGAUACCCCGGGAUAUUGACUCAGCUGGACAACGUGUAUGCGAGCAUGGGCCUGUCAAAGAUCCCAAGAGAGAACCAAUAUAAUGUGCCCCAGGAGGAAAAUGCACAGGUUCGCGGAAUGGACGUCAACGCCAUCAAAUUCGCGCUCCCGCCCGACGAGGAUGACAAACUGAUGUCAGGAGACACAAUUCGAGAGGACAUGAAGGAGUUCACCGGAGGUCCGCACUUCUUGCAGCACAUUGGGAUAGUGGUUGAGACAAAAGACCACCAAUGGGGGCAUCAUAUAUUGUGGCACCCGAAGGUCUUCGAGCCCUGCGUAUGGAACGGGAAAUGGCACAUGGCUGUGUGCAUCGAUGGCCAGUGGCAAUUGCGAAAGCGAGUAUUGAAGAGCAAGUUUUUCGAAAUCGCAAAGGAACAGGUUCAUAUCAAAGUGCGGCAGGCGAACGGUGGAUCAGACAGCCUUGCACAAGGAGCAUAUGCCGACACACUUUAUGACAAGUUGCGAGAUUAGAACAUGCUGGAGUACAACGCAAACUUUUAUG